GUGAUGAAAUUCUAUUAUCACUCACGCACUGAAAGAGUCGCUGGUAGGACGCACAGAGAAUUCAGCUCGGACCUGUUUCGCUUUUAAGACUAACUAACGUCACUUCAGAACUUGUUCGUAGUCUUUAGGCGUUUACAAACACUUUGGCUGUAGUUACAAUCAGUUCGUUCUCGUCUUUUGGACUUAUAUGUCCAGAGCGCAACGCGUAAACAUUUACUUUCGCGGGCAGUGAGAGUCAGUGGAUUUGAUUUUAAGUUAGACUAGUUAAUAGUUUACGGUGAUACUUAAGUAUCACCACUAACCUCUGUUGUCAGCCAUGUACAGCAUGCUGGAACACGAUAUGAAAUCCGCCGUGGCACCGGCGCACCAAAGCGCGCAGGGAAUGACCCAGCUGAACGGUGGAGUGACGCACGGAGCCGCCAAACCGGCUGUCAACAACCAACAACAGAGUAGCGAUCCAAUGGACAAAGUUAAGAGGCCCAUGAACGCGUUCAUGGUCUGGUCUCGGGGUCAGAGGCGCAAAAUGGCACAGGAGAACCCCAAAAUGCACAACUCUGAGAUUAGCAAGCGCCUGGGCGCAGAGUGGAAGCUGCUGACGGACGUGGAGAAGCGCCCGUUUAUUGACGAGGCCAAGCGGCUCCGCGCACUGCACAUGAAGGAAUACCCAGAUUACAAAUACAAACCCCGACGCAAGACGAAACCAAUGCUGAAGAAGGACAACCCGGCUGCUAAGUAUCCUCUAUCAGCCGGCAACUUACUAGCGGCAGCCGCGGCUCAGGGAUCAGGUGGAAGCCCGCGGAUGGACAGCUAUGGCUGGGGUCACACAGGUGGCUACACUGGCAUGCAGACGGAUGCUCUGGGCUACAGUCAGCAGCUGCACCGCUACGAUCUGUCUGCCCUCCAGUAUCCAUCUGCCAUGGCCACCGCACAGACUUACAUGAAUAGUGCCAACUCCUACAGCCCCAUGUCCUACAGCAGCACCCCCCAGCAGCCCAGCCCGGUCAUGUCCAUGGUGAAACCAGACCAGGUGUCUCACUCUCCCACCGGAGCCCACAGCCACCAGCGGGGUCCUUUACAAGGAGACCUGAGGGACAUGAUUAGCAUGUAUAUCCCUGGUGGAGACACCACAGACAGUGGAGCACAGAGGGGCUAUUCCAACAUCCAACAGCAUUACCUCACCGGUACAGCACCUCUCACCCACAUCUGAUCAGGAAACUGUUAAUACAUCUUCCUGUUUCGGGUCUGGAGGGCCACUGAUGUUGGCUGUACAUUAACUUGAUAUGUAAAAAAGGAUGAGGGUGUGUGGACACAUGGCCGAACUGGAAUCCCAAGGCAGCUGGACUUCUGGCCUUGUUAAAGUGCCUCAGAUUAUUGUGUGGAAUGCGUGUCACCCCUUUCUAUAACAUUUUUUUCUUUCUUUAAGGUCCAUGUCUUUGUUUUUUUUGUACAAUGUUUGAUGAUUAUGCCAGUGAGGCCUGGUGCACUGUUGUUGGAAUCACUCAUGGUAGUAACUCGGCACAUUUUUUAUUUUUUUUUGUAAUCAGCUAGCAAAAUGGUUGAUUACUGCUUCUUAUUUGCAUAGUCAACCAGCUAGUAUAAUAUCUCACCGACUACUGACUUUAAAAGCAUUGCUGUAAACGCUAAAUAGGAAAAAGAAGGGAACGGAGCACACAUUCCCUCAGUCGCUGCUUGUCCUGAUGAUCAAAACACCUCAAAGUGAAUCUCUCAAGUUUAACUUUUAAGCUUUCAUACCAUAAGACUUUGUAACAUUGUGCUGCUCUUCAUUGUUUUAGGUAAUGCAAAAAAUAUCAAAUGCACAACGGUUUAGACAUUUUUGUUAGUGUAGACACAUGUCCUGAGCGUCAACAAAUUUUUGUUGCAUUAAAAAGUAAAAGAGAAAUAGAGAUCCCGCUUAGAGGGAUUUGACUAUUUUCUAUAUAAAAAAGAACAAUUAAUUCAUAACUCCUUUGAGAAAUAGAAUAUUGUGAAUAGAAGUGUUUUUUUUUGUGUGUGUGUGU